AGAGGAACUUUUCAUGUCUGAAUUCAAGUAUAAAACAUAAGUUUAUCUGGAGUUUGUGUUGAGCUAAAACUGCAGUUGAGAGAUCAGUUGUGAAGACGAUGGAGCUGAUCGUGUCGAGAUCCCAGGGUAGAAAUGGUUUGGACAGACCAAGAGGGAUACAAGAAGCGCGCAACGCAUUAAUGAAUGGCAGCUGGAAUGAUGUUGAGAGAUUCUUCCAUCAGCAUGGCGAAGAAGCAUUCAAAUUCAAGCUAACUGCAUCUGGAGAGACAGCACUUCACGUGGCCAUCAAGGGAAGACGGCACAGACAAGGGUUUUUCUUUAUCAGGAAGCUGAUUGAAAUAUAUCCUUCAGACUUACUGGCUGAGAUGGACAACUCCGGCAAUACAGCUCUUCAUGCGGUGGCACAGCUUGGAAAUGUCAAAACAGCCUGCCUACUCGUGAACAAAAGUCGCAUUUUGCUAAGUCUUCUCAACAAUGAUCAAUUGUUGCCAAUCCAAGUAGCUGCAAAUCGAGGUCGUAAAGAGAUGACUUCAUACUUGUUAACUAUCAGCAUGACAGAUGAAUUUAAUUCUAGUCUACUCAAUGGUGCACAUGGAGCGAGGGUUUUGCAAUCUUUAGUAAAUGCAAGAUAUUGUGAUUUGGCUCUCCAAUUGCUUCAAUUCGACCCAAAAUUGGCAUGGGAAGAUAUCUGUCCAUUGGAGCUGAUGGCCGAGGACCCUUCUGUUUUCCCAAGUGGAACAUACUUCGGCAUUUGGGAGUCCUUAAUCUGUACUUUGUGCCCAGAGACACCAGGAAGACUAUGGAAAAUACUCGAAGUUUUAGUACCACAUAUGAAGCGUGUUCAUCACAUAAAAUUGAUGCAUCAUCAAGCCCUUCAACUAGUCACACGUAUAUGCUCAACUAUUAGAACUUCUGGAAAUGAUGAAGCUUCCUCAGUACUUAAAAGGUCAUUUCUUUUAGGGGUACAGAAUGGAGUAGAAGAGAUAGUCACUGAAAUUCUAGAUUCCUUUCCUGCCUCAAUAAACUUUACAGAUGAAGAGAAGCAUUCUGUAUUUCAUCUUGCUGUGAUGUACCGUCGUGAAAAGGUUUUUAAGGUUCUUCAAGAGAAGAAUGUUGAACAGGAUAAGAAGUUCUCAACUGAUAAUAAGCGUAAUAAUAUACUGCAUUUAGCGGGAUACUUAGCCCGUCAAGACUUACUCGAUCUUAAUCGCGGAGCGAUUCUUCAAAUGCAGUAUGAACUCAGGUGGUUUAAGGAAUUGGAGAGAAUUGUAUCGCCUAAAGAAAUUAAAUCGAAGAAUUUUAAAGGGAAAACACCACUAGCCAUCUUCAAUGAAGAGCACUUUCGCAUGGCUGAAAAUGAAAUAAAAUGGAUCACAGGAAUGGCUACUGCAUGCUCAGUUGUAGCAUCACUCAUUGCCACAGUGGCAUUUGCUGCUGCAAUCACCGUACCUGGAGGGAACGACAACAGUAGUGGCCUCCCCAUUUUCUCUGACCGGACGUCCUUCUUAAUCUUUGCCACUUCAGAUUCUCUUGCACUUGUCUCAUCUAUUACUACUGUUUUAUCCUUCUUAUCCAUUUUUACUUCCCGCUUUGGAGUUAAUGAUUUUCUUAAUACCUUGCCCAGCAGAUUGAUAAUCGGCCUAAUUUCCUUGCUCUUCUCUGUAAUAUCUCUAAUGGUUGCCUUUAGUACUACUAUAUUUCUGGUGUACGCUAAGAAGAAUCCCAUGUUUGUUGUACCAAUAAUCACAAUAACUUGCGCACCAGUGACCUUCUUUAUCAAACUGCAGCUUCCUCCCCUCCUCAAUAUGAUCAAAUCCACCUAUGGUCCAGACCUUUUUGGUUAGUAGAUAUUUCCCUGCAAUAUCUCUUGAACUCUAUUAGCACUUGAGAUAUUUGAAUCCGUUUCGAGUAAAAAUCUCGUUGAAUACAUUUCAGAUGUUUUAAUUCAGUUGUUUAGUUUUGAUGGGUCUGUUUGGAGUUUGAUUGAGUCAAUUUGAAUUUAUGUAUUUUCCUUUCUUUAGCAUUGUAUGAAUGUUGAACAAAAUUUCCAGAUCAAUGAACUAACAUUAUUAUUUCUCAAUAUUCAUCUUCUCUACAAAUUUGCAGUAGCCAUAUCAGCAAAUGUACCCUUUGCUGUUCCAUUCCCAAACUAAGACAAUAAGGCUAUCCUUUUAAGAAAAGAUAAAAAAGAAAUCAAAUUAUGAAAACAGAAUUACAAAAA